CCCCCCACCCACAGGUUCUUUGUGGGUCCAGGUCUCCUAAAAUCACCUUCUACCUGCAAGGGUAUCUGCUGCUGUCUCUUAACCAGUAUCUUCUCACACUGGAAGCAGGUAUCAACUGACAUUAGCUGACUGCACAGAUAAGGACCACUGGAGUGAGAACUCUGGUUUUGCCAAGGCUGGUGCAUGGCUGCACUGAUGUGGACAUGGGAUGAGGCUGUGCCUUAGGAGUCUUAGUUGCCAGCCCCGGGGGGAUCUCUACUUCCUUGUGGACUUGGCACGAUGGUGAAAUGUGUCAAAUCCCUUAUCCAACCAGGGCCCAGACCCUUCCCUGGUCUAUCGACCUGAUGUGGACCCAGAGUUGGCCAAAAGUAAGGGCAACUUCCGAAACUACACUUCAGGACCACUCCUGGACCGUGUCUUCACUACCUACAAGCUCAUGCACACGCACCAGACAGUGGACUUCGUCAACAGGAAGCAUAUCCAGUUUGGGGGCUUCUCCUACAAGAAAAUGACAGUCAUGGAGGCUGUGGACAUGCUAGAUGAUCUGGUGGAUGAAUCAGACCCAGACGUAGACUUCCCCAAUUCUUUCCACGCCUUCCAGACAGCAGAGGGCAUCCGGAAAGCCCACCCAGACAAGGACUGGUUCCACCUCGUCGGACUUCUGCAUGAUCUGGGGAAGGUCCUCGCUCUGUGGGGGGAACCUCAGUGGGCAGUUGUUGGGGACACAUUCCCUGUGGGCUGUCAUCCCCAGUCCUCUGUGGUGUUCUGCGACUCUACUUUCCAGGACAAUCCUGACCUACGGGACCCUCGAUAUAGCACAGAGCUUGGCAUGUACCAGGCCCACUGUGGACUCGAGAAUGUCCUUAUGUCCUGGGGCCAUGAUGAGUACCUGUACCAGAUGAUGAAGUUCAACAAGUUCUCCCUGCCCUCAGAGGCCUUCUACAUGAUCCGAUUCCACUCCUUCUACCCCUGGCACACGGGUGGUGACUACCAGCAACUGUGCAGCCAGCAAGACCUGGACAUGUUGCCCUGGGUACAAGAGUUCAACAAGUUUGACCUCUACACCAAGUGUCCUGAUCUGCCUGAUGUGGACAGCCUGAGGCCCUACUACCAGGGGCUGAUUGACAAGUACUGCCCUGGUGUCCUGAGCUGGUGAUGCUGCCAACACCCUACCAAAUAUUGAACCAGUACCUAGGUUGGUCACCAUUAGGCACAAUGACAACCCAAUCCAGUCUUGCUUGGGGUCCCAUACACCUGCCUACUGUCACCACUCCUCAUGGUCUCUUUUGGCAGGUAUCAGUAA